AUUUUUUUCUGACAGGAAUGACAUUCACUCCCAGAUAUCAGAAAUUGUUACUAGUCUAGCUGAAGUCAUCUUACACUCAUUGAGAUAAACAGAAGCCAACAUGGGGGCAAUGUUUCGGAGCGAGGAAAUGGCGUUAUGUCAGCUGUUCCUUCAGCCGGAAGCUGCUUACUCGUCCCUAUCUCUCCUAGGAGAAGAGGGGAUAGUUCAGUUCCGGGACCUAAAUGAGGGUGUGAAUAACUUCCAACGGAAAUUCACAUCUGAGGUUCGGCGGUGUGAUGAGAUGGAACGCAAACUGCGAUAUAUUGAAGCUGAAAUCGUCAAAGAAAAUGUUAAAAUUCCUCCAUGUGACAAAAACCCUGCAGCUCCAAACCCUAGACAAAUAAUUGACUUAGAGGCACAACUCGAGCAUACAGAGAUGGAAAUAAUUGAAUCCAGUUCAAGCUCGGUAAACUUAAAACUCAACUUCCUAGAACUGACUGAGCUCAAGCUUGUCUUGGAGAAAACUCAACCAUUCUUUCAGGAGCAAGAAGAAGGAGGAAUUGCAAGUGACACCAACAUAGAAGAUCGAGGCCAGCUAGGAUUUGUUGCUGGAGUUAUUCCUCGAAGGAAAAAAGAGGGAUUUGAAAGAAUGCUUUGGAGGAUUUCCCGAGGAAAUGUUUUCUUGCGACAAGUUGAUAUUGAAACUCCCCUCGAAGAUCCAGUGACUGGGGAACCAAAGGAAAAGACAGUAUUUGUGGUGUUUUACCAAGGAGACCAACUGAAAGGGAGAGUGAAGAAGGUUUGCACUGGAUUCCACGCUUCAUUCUACCCAUGCCCUAGUUCUUCUUUGGAGAGAUUGGAUAUGAUUAAAGGAGUCAAAGCUCGAAUAGCAGAUCUUAACACGGUGUUGAACCAAACAAAAGACCACCGCCAGCGAGUUUUAUCUUCUGUGGCAAAAGAGCUGCACUCUUGGAGUAUAAUGGUGCAGAAGAUGAAAGCUGUUUAUCAUACUCUCAAUCUGUUCAACAUGGAUGUCAGCCGUAAGUGCCUCAUUGGAGAAUGCUGGGUCCCUUACAAGGAGAUGAUGACUGUUCAGGCAGCCCUUGUCGAGGGUGGGAAAGCUGUUGGCAGCUCUGUAGGCUCUUUUGUGAAUUUGUUACCAACAACUGAAGAACCACCGACGUAUUACAAGACAAAUAGGUUUACAAAUGCCUUUCACGCCCUCAUUGAAGCCUAUGGAGUUGGAGCGUAUAGAGAAGUGAAUCCUGGUCUCUACACAAUCAUCACGUUUCCAUUUCUGUUUGCCGUCAUGUUUGGUGAUGCAGGGCAUGGCUUGAUCUUGUUUCUCUUUGCGGGAUUUAUGAUUCUUAAAGAAAAGAAGUUCUUAAAAGAAAAGUCUGGUAAUGAGAUUUGGAACAUGAUGUUUGGUGGGCGCUACAUCAUUUUCUUGAUGGGGUUGUUCUCAAUGUAUACAGGGAUGAUAUAUAACGAUAUUUUCUCUAAGAGCGCAAACAUAUUUGGAUCACAAUGGCACUUCAACUUUACCUGGAAUGAAACUCUUUAUAACAGAGAGCUGGACUUGAACCCUAUCAAUCAGUAUACUCAGGUUCCAUAUUGGUUUGGAAUGGAUCCAGCGUGGCAGUCUGCGUCAAACAAAAUCAUUUUCCUCAACUCCUACAAGAUGAAGUUGUCCAUCAUUUUUGGAGUUCUUCACAUGACUUUUGGUGUUUACAUGAGCACAAUAAACCACAGAUUCUUCAAAAACUAUGCUUACAUAUUCUUGGAAUUCAUCCCACAAGUACUAUUCCUUCUCUUGCUGUUUGGUUACAUGUGCGUUCUGAUGUUCAUGAAGUGGGUUUGGUACGGACCUCCUAAUUCGGAUUCAAUCUUCUGUGCUCCAUCAGUCCUCAUUACUUUCAUUAACAUGAUGCUGUUCAAAAAUGGCAAUGAAGGGAAAGAUACUAAAUUUGCAAUCUGUGAUGCUUAUAUGUAUCCAUACCAGCAAGAAGUUCAAAUGGCCUGUGUUCUUGUGGCAUUCCUGUGUGUGCCAGUCAUGCUGGUGGGGAAACCUAUUUAUCUCAUUUGCUGCAAGAAACACCACAAGGAGGAGGAUGAAGAAGAAGAAGAAGCUAGUGAAAUUUGGAUACACCAAGCAAUUCAUACAGUGGAAUACGUGUUGAGUACCAUAUCUCAUACUGCUUCAUACCUUCGACUUUGGGCUCUGUCUUUGGCCCAUGCACAGCUAUCAGAAGUGCUGUGGCAGAUGGUGUUCAGAAAAGCACUUACUCUAGAACUACCUUACUACGGAAGCAUUGCAGUGUAUAUCAUAUUCUCGUUCUGGGCCUUCGGAACGAUUGCCAUCCUAGUUAUGAUGGAAGGUCUUUCUGCAUUUCUGCACACACUUAGACUCCAUUGGGUGGAGUUCUGCAGUAAGUUUUACCUGGGAACAGGUUAUCUUUUUGUUCCCUUUUCCUUCAAGAGAAUCAUUGAUGGAGAUUCUGAAGCUUGAUAUUUUUCUAUGUUUUAUUGUUUUUACCAUUUUGGAGUGUAGAUAAAAUUAAAACUAGUUAUUAUUAUAAAAUUAAAACUAGUAUUCAUAGAUACUA